AUUAUUUGGUGGAAUUGUGACAGGACAGUUGCCAUGAAUAUCCUGCCUAAGAAGAGCUGGCAUGUGCGUAAUAAGGAUAACGUGGCCCGCGUUAGGAAGGACGAGGCACAGGCUGCGGAAGAGGAGCGAGUGCGUAGGAAACGGGUGGAACUCGCAGAACAAGAGGCUCGGACAGAUUUCCUGCGUAAGAAGGCUCGUCUCUCCUUGCCAGAAGAGUACAGGAGUGAUGGGACUUCCUCGGUGGAACUCACCAAGGAUUCUGGCCACAUCAACUUUUUUCAAGAAGUGGAGGAGGGCAAAGGAACAAACAAAGGCAACAAAGAAUAUGAAGAGGAGAAACGUAAAGAAAAGGAGCGGCAAGAAAAAACCCUGGGCAUUCUUACAUAUUUAGGACAAAGUGCUGCAGAAGCCCAAACCAGUCGCCCAUGGUACCAGGAAGUCCCUGGUCGCCACUGUAAGGCCGAAGAUGGCAACGCAAAGGAUGAAAAGGUGAAAAACCUGUUAGAUCCUUUACAUGACAUGGAGAAAUACUUGCAGAAGAAAUCUGGAGAAAAGAAGAAAUUUAAAGAAGAAAAGCAAAACAAACAUAAAUCCAGGCAAGAAAGCAGACCCACCAAGCCAUCAAUAGAGCAACUAAGGCAGGAACGUCUCAAGAGAGAGGCAGCAGAGAGAGCUCGGGCUGAAGCCUUGCUAUCAGGGAGAAAGGAGUCUGCAGAACCAGAACAAGAAAUGGAUGACCGAACACGCCGUUACAAUUCUCAGUUCAACCCACAGCUGGCACGAAAACCUAAAAUGCGAGAAGAGCCACAGCGGUGAUGUUAAAGAAACUAAUGGCAAUAUUUCUACAUCUCAUAGCUCUGAUAAUAAAAUGUAUAUAUUUCCAA